AUCGUUCUUGUCGAUUAAGUAGACUCUCCUCUCUUUGUUUCUCAUUCAGAGAACCAAAGACGAAAGCUUUCAGAUAUUGAUGAGGAUGGACCUUUUGAUUACCAAUGUUUCUGUGGUGUCAACCAUUUUUACAGUGCUGGCAAUAUUGGCUGGAGUUUUGGGCUACUUGUAUGCACCGUACUGGGGAGUGAGAAGGGUUCCUGGCCCAAGAACUAUCCCUUUCCUAGGACACCUUCCCUUGCUGGCCAAGCAUGGUCCUGAUUUGUUCUCAGUUCUUGCCAAGAAAUAUGGCCCCAUCUUCAGGUUUCAUAUGGGAAGACAGCCACUUAUAAUUGUAGCAGAUGCUGAGCUUUGUAGAGAAGUUGGAAUCAAGAAAUUUAAAGACAUGCCAAACAGAAGCAUACCAUCUCCAAUCUCAGCCUCCCCUCUUCACCAAAAGGGUCUGUUUUUCACCAGAGAUACAAGAUGGUCAACUAUGAGAAACACCAUAUUAUCAGUGUAUCAACCUUCAUACCUAGUCGGCCUUGUUCCCACAAUGCAAUCAUAUAUUGAAACUGCUACUCUUAACCUUGAUCACCCUUCCAAACAGGAUGAAGACUUUACCUUUUCAAACCUCUCCCUCAGAUUGGCCACUGAUGUAAUUGGACAAGCUGCUUUUGGUGUCAAUUUUGGCCUUUCAAAACCACAGUCCAUCAGUGAUUCAAUCAACAAGAUUGAUGAUGAAGUUUCAGACUUCAUAAACCAACACAUCUAUUCCACAACUCAGCUUAAGAUGGACUUAUCAGGUUCCUUAUCAAUUAUAUUGGGGCUACUAGUGCCCAUUUUACAAGAGCCAUUUAGGCAAAUCUUGAAGAGAAUUCCGGGCACUAUGGACUGGAAAGUAGACCGGACUAACCAAAAAUUGACCAGCCGGCUUGAUGAGAUUGUUAUGAAGAGAAUGAAAGAUAGCGAGCGAGGAUCAAAGAAUUUCUUGUCACUCAUAAUGAAUGCAAGGGAGUCAGAAGGGGUAGCAAAGAGUGUGUUCACUCCAGACUACAUUAGUGCAGUCACUUAUGAGCAUUUGCUUGCUGGUUCAGCCACCACAUCUUUUACCUUGUCUUCAGCUGUCUACUUGAUUUCUGGACACCCGGAUGUCGAAAGCAAGUUGUUAGCCGAAAUCGAUGGAUUUGGUCCACAUGAUCAGAUCCCAACAGCUCAUGAUCUUCAGCAUAAAUUCCCUUAUCUUGCACAGGUUAUUAAAGAGGCAAUGAGGUUUUACAUGGUUUCUCCAUUAGUUGCAAGAGAAACGGCAAGAGAAGUAGAAGUAGGAGGUUAUCUUCUACCAAAGGGAACUUGGGUCUGGUUAGCUCUCGGAGUUUUGGCUAAAGAUCCAAAGAACUUCCCGGAGCCAGAGAAGUUCAAGCCAGAGAGGUUUGAUCCGAACGGCCAAGAAGAGAAACAAAGGCAUCCUUAUGCUCUCUUACCAUUUGGAAUUGGGCCUCGAGCAUGCAUUGGUCAGAAAUUUUCUCUACAAGAACUAAAGCUCUCAUUGAUACAUUUAUACCGAAAAUAUGUGUUCAGACACUCUCCAAACAUGGAGACACCUCUGGAACUUGAGUAUGGCAUUGUUCUUAACUUCAAAAAGGGUGUCAAGCUUACAGUUAUUAAGCGGACAGGGACUCGUUAAGCUUUUUCAGUUGUCAUCAUUACACAUUCCACAACUUCUAAUGUUAUACGAGAGGCAAUAAUGUUGAAUAGAA